AUAUCUUAUCUCUUCCUUCCCAAGAGAAAACAGAAGAUGAAUUCCUCAAUCUUCUCACCAAUUUCAUCAUCUUCUCACACUCUUUUGAAGCAAAAUCAUAACACUUUUCUUGGUAAUUUUCUACCUUCAAAACCAUAUUUAUCUCUUAAAAGAACUCCUUGUCUAACUACUACCAAAGCCAUUCUCUCAACUACCAAACAAACUGUACUAAAACACUUCCAUGAACGAACUGCACUCAAGAUCAUCUCAGGGCUGCAGAAUUUCGACAAGGACAGUGUUGCUUCAGUUGUUACUGCUGCAGACAAGGGAGGAGCUACUCAUGUAGAUAUUGCCUGUGACCGUGAACUAGUCAAGCUUGCCAUUAGCUUAACUUCUCUGCCGGUCUGUGUUUCUUCUGUCGAUCCAGCUGCAUUUGUAGCUGCUGUUGAAGCAGGGGCACUAAUGGUGGAAAUCGGGAAUUAUGAUUCGUUUUACGACUCGGGAAUUGUAUUCUCCCCGGAGCAGAUAUUGAGUUUAACAAAGGAGACUAGGAGGAUUCUUCCAUCAGUAACUCUAUCAGUCACUGUGCCUCACACAUUAAGCCUCCCUGACCAGGUCAAGCUAGCAGAGAAAUUGGAAGAGGAAGGUGUUGACAUUAUUCAAACUGAAGGAGGGAAAUGUUCUAAUCCUUCAAUGUCUGGUGUUCUUGGGUUGAUUGAGAAGGCGUCACCAACCUUAGCUGCAGCGUAUUCAAUUUCAAGAGCUGUCAAGAUUCCGGUUAUGUGCGCGUCCGGACUUAGUGCAGUAACAGCACCGAUGGCUAUUACAGCAGGGGCUUCUGGUGUGGGUGUAGGCUCAGCAAUCAACAAGCUAAAUGAUGUAAUUGCAAUGAUUGCAGAAGUUAGAAGUAUUGCAGACUCUUUAGGCAAUUCAGUCAAUAGAAUUGCCACAACUGAAGAGAAAAAUUUGACAGUAUAAUGCAGUUAGUAUCUUUCUAUUUAGGACUAUGAGGAGUAUAAUUUCCCAGUGAAUUGCCGAAUGUCAAUCCUAGUGAUCAAACAGAAAACGCAAUAAGAAAAAUCAUAUUAGAAUUCCUAA